UCGGCCACCAUUUUGGGAGUCAAAACACCGAGUAAACAGCCGCGCGCCCCUCCACGCCUCUCCGUGGCCUUACUAUGGUUCACACAUGUGUGGUGGCAGGCUGUAGGAACCGAAGGACCCCGGGCACCGCCUUGUCGUUCUACCGUUUCCCCCGGGACCCGGAGAGGAAGCAGCGGUGGAUCGCCGCCGUGAACCGGGAGGGCUGGGUGCCGAACGACGGCAGUCGGCUGUGCAGCACUCACUUCAUCUCAGGUAAACAGGUGAAAAAUCCUCGUUCACCAGAUUAUGUUCCCUCUGUGUUCACGGCAGCUCCCUUAUCCCCGGAGAUGAAGGAGCCGGGUGCCUUAGAGAUCCUGGACAAGCAGGAAGCGCGAGUGGAGGCGGCCAACGCCUUGCUGUUCCUGCAGGGCCAGGGCAGGCCGGUGGUGGAGGUCCAGGGCCAAGAGAGGCAUGGCGAGGGCGAGGACAAGGAGAAGGAGCAGCAGGCCAUCGUGGAGGAGAGCGCGUCCUCUUCCCUCAGCACCGACGAGGAUGAUGACAAUUCCGUGAGCGAGAGCAAAAAAGGGAAAUUCGCGCAGACUUCCGACGCGCCGAUUAACUUUGAUGAUAUGUUAAAAGCCCUGAAGAAGGAGAACCAGGCCCUCAGGGAGUCUGUGGACAAAAUGUCCCUCUCAGAGAACUCGUUGAGGAACGAUGCAGAGAAGGUCAAGUUUUACACCGGUUUGCCCAACUACUUUGUGUUGGAGACGGUCAUGUGGCUGCUGGCGCCUCACAUGGACGGGAUGAAGAACGUGAAGCUCUCCAAGUUCCAGCAGCUGCUGCUGACUCUCAUGCGUCUCCGUCUGGACCUUCGCAAUCAGGACCUGGCGUAUCGCUUUGGCGUGAAAAUCGGCACGGUGACCAGAACGGUGCACAGGAUGGUCAACAUCAUGUCCUCCACCCUGGUGCCCACGGCGGUCUUCUGGCCCUCCAGGGCCGAGCUGCGGAAGAACCUUCCGGCGGCGUUGCGCUCGUCCCACCCGGACUGCGCCGUCAUCAUCGACUGUUUCACGGUGCCUUUCGAGGAGCCGGUUUCUCGGGGGGCGCAGCAGCAGCAGAGGGUGCUGCCGGUCUCUCAGGAGGCGGGGACGACUUACAGCCUUUUGAAGUAUCUCAUCGGUGUGGCUCCGCAAGGCGUGGUGACCUUCGUCUCCCGGGGCGUGCUGGGAAACGUCAGUGACAAGAGCCUGGCCGAGGGCUGCGGGUUUCUCUGCAAGCUCCUCCCGGGCGACGUUGUGUUGGCCAGCCGCGACCUCGACAUCGGCGAGUCCGUGGCGGCCCGAGGAGCCCUGUUCCGAAUCGCUGGCGGCUACCAAGGGGAGGCAUACGGUAGACCGGACAGCUCGCCGCCGGCGGACACCUCCUCCGAGAUGGUCAGCGUGCAGAGGCACGUGGAGAGGGUCAUCUCGAUGGUGAAGCAGAGGUACGCCAUGCUCACCGGCCCCGUGGAGAGCCCCUUCACCACAGCCUCCGAGCGCACGUCCAACCUCUCCACCUUUGAUAAGAUUGUACAAGUUGCCUGUGCCUUAAACAACCUGUGCAUCUCUGCUGCUCCGCUGGAGUGAUUCCUUCAGUCUCGUGCUCUCGAAUGCUGGUCAGGCACUCCGAUUCCCUUUACUGCUCUGGAAUGCACUCCUCGCUCCCCCACUAUAGCAAUGAGGCCGUUCACACCUGACAUUAUCUGGUGUUUUAGGUGACUGCAUUGCAGUGAGAUAGAGGUUGACCCACAAACUUUGAGGGCAGAUUGUGAUCCGAUUGUUCAGACCAUCUCUGGCUGGAUGCGUUCAAAGAACAUCGGAACUAUGCGGGUAGAAAUAUGCGAUAUUUCUGAGGUACAGGUGAGGACUGCAACCUUCUAUAAAGCCAUAGUCUCCUCCCAAUAGGCUGUAGUCUUCCACAAAUAGGAUCAAUCCGGAUCUGUAGGUUAGACGAACAGUCUUCCCGUUGAGGUACCCGUCACUGUCUUCUCCAGACACACUGAUGUAUUGAUGCUGUUGACAGCUGCUGCUCUGAACACGGCAGAGACACGUCAACUCACCUGUCUUCUUCGCUUUUGUUUUUGACACAUUGCAGCCGCCCUUCACUACCCUUUCUUCUUUAUGACUUGAACUAAACAAAGCAAUCAGAUCACAAUCACAUCUCAAUGUAGGACACGUAAUACACCCUAAUGCCAGGUUUAAAUGAGUCGAAACAACAUGAUUAUUAAAUGAAAGUGAGUUGUACCUCUUGGCUUUGCGAGGGUUUCUCACUAUCUGAACUCAGUGUACUCAUGGCAAUAAGAAUAAUUCUCCCAAACGUACAAACCACAUUGUUCAGAUGUGUCAUUAACUUAUGCAAUUCAGUUUUGGGCUUUAAAUGACAUCUGUAAAAGUGAAACCUUUGCUUAAAUUCUUCUCCAUCAGCGGUUUGUUAGCGCCACGGUCCAUAAGCUGCCCUGUGCAGGAUGCAGGCAGUUUUCCUCCUCUACCCUGUGUCCACUCAGAGUGCAUUCCCCCUUCUUCCCUCCUCAAACACUACAGCUGCUGACUUAACGAAUCGCAGCCUCCUUCUGCUGCAGAAAAGGUGAAACUGGCUUAUUGUUGCAUCCCUGCUUGUCGAUCAGGAACAGUGCACUCAAUGCAAACACGCAAACAGGUCCAAGUACCGGGUAUAGACCAAAUACUGGUCCGGUCUCCACUCAGACAGAACUGUACCUCUUUAAGAUCUCAAAAUCUUAAUUCACUUUUCCCAGCAUAUCCAUUUGUUUGAAAAGUAAUCACUACUACUGAUUGGCUGCGGAAAAGAAAGCCACCUCCAGACCAAUCCUGCGCCACAUGGCCAGAGUCUGCUGUUCAUUUGACCGCCGGGCUCCCGGGCUCCGUAGAAACGUUGCUCGUUUCCAGGGGUUUUCUACGGCGGCCUCCUGGUUGAUCGCACAUACCGGAAUGACAGCUGUUUUGCUCAGCAGGGAUUUGCUGGUAUUGAUGAUUCCUACGCAGAAUAGACAGCACUUCCUGCAGAAACUUUAACUGGAAAGGACCAAAAGCCUCCAGCCGGGGCUGCUUCAUUCACUAUGAUGUCAGUACUUACCUUGCCACACUUGAGUUUAUUUUAAUUGAUCUUUUUCCCUCCUUUACGCUCCUCCUGUGCAGCUCUUUAGUCCGUCUAAGCACCGUCACAAGCAGUUGAAGCACACGUUGAGAGGUUAAAUUUCCCAAAGACUGUUUUCUUCCUUCGACCUGGCGAUGAGGUUUGAUUCCACUCGGUAUGAGAACUAGUGGGUAGUUUUUGCUCAACAUGCUGUCUUCAGCUGGACAGUGGUCAGUUUGACCCAUGAGUCCAUACCGCAUGUUAGAAAGCAUCUUUUCUAUUUCAUGAGUCAGAUGAAGACGCCGUGGUGUCAAAAGCCUGCUGUUGAUUUUUGUUGUCCUGCGUUGUUGGUGCCUUAGUUCAAACAGAUGUUAGAAAUCAAUAAAUUGUACGGCUUGCUUCAGUUCCAAGGAUCUUGGACCCCCCCAACCCCCCAACCCCCCACAGGUCCCAGUGAGGCUCCAGACAGCUACCUGCUCUGAGGUUGUCAAAAAUUGAUUUGCACAAACAAGCAGAUAGAAUAAGGCACUUUUAGACUCAACAUCAGAUGUUUGUUUUUUUGAAGAGUCCUUUUGUGUGUUUGAACUCUUUGGAGGGGGGCUCACUAUUGAUCUGGGGCUGUUUGAGACAAACACAGUGGGGAACCACUGCUUUAGACCCUCUUUCUCUUUGGUAUUUCAAUCAAAUGUGUCAACAUUGAAGCAUCAAGUGUUCAUAAAGUAUCCUCCUGUUUUCCAUGAUGUUUUGUGUUUGUAAAGUGGUUAAACUUUCUCUUCUUUGUUUAAGUGUGAAAAUCAGCCUUCAGUCAGUCGAUGUCUUAGUUCCAAGCAUUGUCAAGUAUCUGAUUAUACAUAUAUAUCUCCAGUGAUGAGUUUAAUGUCCUGACCGUCGUCUCCUAGGUUAAUGACGGAUUCCACCUUGUGAAGAAUGGCUUCUAAUCAUAAUGUUCCUCCAUGAUCUGAAACAGUUGUGGGUUUAGCCUGUGCCUUCCGGUCCCCUGGAUGUCCCCUGGAUGUCCCCUGCCAUCCACGGUUACGUUGUCACGUCCUCCUAACCUACGCUUUGGCGAUGGUGUUGUCUUUAGUCUCGUCCUGCUCUUGAGGUAGCUGUGGUCGUCAGUUCUUCACUCAGAGCAAACCAGAAACAUGAAACGGCUCAGCAGUGCUGCGGUCGGUGUGUUUCUACAGCUGUGUGAGUGUGUGAGAGUGUGUGUCUGUGUGUGUGUGUCUUCGAUUCUCCACCCCGCACCCUGAGAUCUGCAAACUGUUGUUUUAAAAAAGGAGAAUAAUGAUGCCAGACAGGAGGAUUGCUGCAUGGUUCGGUAUUUAAGGAAUUGAAACCCUCUCAUGUAAUGUGUCAGCGCGUCUGAAAGCAUGAACUGCAGCAGCUCCUCUGUACGGAGGAUUGUUAGUGAUUACACCAAAUACCAUCAUGAUUAGUUUACCUCCAAACCUUUAUGAAACCAGUGUUUGGUUCUCACAUGUAUAUGCAGGAGCACAGUCUUUUUCUCUCUCUCUGUACUCACAGUGUCUCCUUUUCUAAAUGAAAUCAUAAUCUUCUGAGUUUCCGGAGACCGCCUGGUAAACGUCUCUGUUUUUUUACACAACAUGUCGUUUGCUCUUUUUCUUUGGGUGCAUGUACUCCAGUGAUGUGUAAUCUCAAACGUCCCUUAAGUUUCGUUUAAUAUGUCUCCUGUGACUGAAUAAUUAAAGUUUGGGAAAUGCUUCAAGCCUUUUCUACUCAA